AUGCAAUUAGCACCCACAAAUUGCAGGAUCACGCUCCUGGACAUGCAGUUACUGAACACGCCACCUGAAAUCCAGGGAGAAAUACUGGAAGUUGUGGAGCGUUUUACGUAUCUUGGAAGCUGUAUUAGUUCUGAUUGUAGUGUGACAGAUGGGGUCAAUGCGCAAAUCUGCAAGGCCCCGGUCGCGCUUGCUAAUUUGAGACAUCUAUGGCGUCAAAGGGGUAUAUCCCUGAAUCUCAAGGGACGUACGUAUCAGACCGGAGGAUCUAGCGAAAACUCGCAAGGUACAAUAUCCCUCGGCAAUUUUAAGAAGCACUUUCUUCCAUCUUCAGACCAUACUUCAGGCAUGUCCUUUGGGACCGGGCUUCCUGAGAGGGAGUAUCGAGAGGGAUAUCGACUACUGCUUAUGAAUACAUAUGGGCGCCCACGGAUCCACGGAAUCUGUAUUCCAUGGAUUUUCGACCCUGAAUGUCAAUGUGUAUUCAUAGCCACUACGGUUUCGGUCGCUGGGAUAUGGGAGAGCGUGGUAUACAGUCAAGAACUGGAGGCGAUGGCGGCAAUGCAUGAAGCAAUGCAUGGACCUCCAAGCCUCUACUUGAAUUCCAAAAUCACCACACAUUCAUGGAGUGAACGACAGCCGCUUAACGACAAGGACAAAACCGACCCAGGAAACUUGGUCAAAAUCUUGAUCCUGUGUAUCAAUCCGUGA